UCCCCAGGACCGGUUUGGACAAGGCUUCAUUUCUCCACAUUCACAACUGCAGAGAUCCAUGCUAACCCUGCAGGAACCUCAGAGAUCCAUACGUAAGCUAGGAGAACCUGUUGACAGGUCAUCUAAAAAAGUGCCGCAAAAACCUCAGGUGACAAACAAAUUCAACUUUUCCAGUGCUGCACAAUCUGAACACACCAUCCCCACAGUGAUCCAUAGUAGUGGAGGCAUUAUGCUGUGGGGACAUCUUUCUUCAGCAGGGAUAGGGAAGCUGAUAAGAGUUGAUGGGAAGAUGGAAAUCGCAAAAACGAAAGUCUAAAGACUUGAGACUGAGGUGGAGGUUUACCUUCCAGCAGAACAAUGACUAAACAUACAGCAAGCAAUAAUAACCUUAACCCUCAUUCCUUCCAUCAAUCCAUCCAUCCAUCCAUCCAUCCAUCCAUCCAUCCAUGGCCCAAGAUCUCCAGCUGUCAUUGGGUGAGAGGCGGGGAACACCCUGGACAGGAUGCCAGUCCCAAAACUAUAUUUGAAUUAGGUCAAAGCGUAUCCAUGUGUUAGAACGGCCCAGUCAAAGUCCAGAAAGAAAAAUCUAAUUGAGAAUCUGUGGCAAGACUUAAAAACUGAUGAUACUACUUUGUAAACAAGAAUGGGUGAAAAUUUCAGUAUGUAGAUUAACAAAACAGCUGGAAGUAUACAGCAAAAGACUACCAGCUGUACUACAGCAAAGGGAUUUACAAGGUGUUGGCUCAGGAGAGUUUAAAAUUAGUCUAUCAAAUAAAAUGUCAAUAAAAUACACUGAAGGUUAUGUUUGCAACAUAACAUGAACACUUUUACAAGCCAUUUUAUUUAGAAAAGUCCAUUAAUUAAAUGAGAUCAGGAAGGUCUCUAAUGUUUAAGUAAUAUUUAAAAGUUUUCUGAGCAUGGUGGCUUUGGUUGGCUCGCAGGUGAUAGAUUCAAUGUUCUGAUUGUAAAAGCAUAGGUUUUUUUGGAGUCCCUGGAGAAAAGAGAAGAGAAGGGCAAAGCAGAGUCACAAUCUGAUGCAAACGUAAUCUAUUAUUUGUUAAAAGCAAAAUAGCAAGAAUAUCCCAAAACCCCCCACAAAAAAGUAUUUAUUGCUUUAGGCUUUCUAAGCUGCCGAUAGAGGUACAGAAUACCAGACAUGGAACAUGUAAAUCUUCUUUAACAUGGAAACCUUUUGGUCUGUUCAUUUCAAACAGUAGUUUCAUUAGGAUUGUUGCUGACAGAAAGGUGUGAUUUUGAGAAGAUAUGUUUUUAAUAUAGUGGCCAAACAAUGGAUCAAAAUGUCUCCACAUAUGAAAUGGCUGGAUGGGCUUUCAUCUAUACUCCGUACAGAUACACCUUCAAUGCCUGUAUGUUAAAGAGGACAGGCCAACAUUUCUUCGGCACUAAAGAUGAAAGUCUAAACAAAUCUUUAUGCACAAAGAACAAAUGGUUUUAUUACAGGACUGAAUAGUGAGAAGGCAAAGUUAAUAUUAGACAGUCUGCUGUGCACCCUGGUGGUUGAGCUGAUGUUUUCAUUUUUAAUAAUAAUUAGACUUUAUUGAUCUCACAAUGGAGGAAUUGUCCUCUGUGUUUGACCCAUCCCUUAGGGAGCAGUGGGCUGCCAUUGUGUGGUGCCUGGGGAGCAUUCAGGGGCUAAGGGUCUUGCUCAGGGACCCAGAGUGGCAGGCUGUGGGAUUUGAACCAGGGUACUUGUGGCCUCUCCAGGACACAAAUGUCCUGCUCUCUAACCACUAACAGGAAAAAAUCCAAAAACCUUGACUCAAGCAAAACGCAAAAUAACAGGAAUAUCAGUAAAAAGGGAAAGGCUUUAAGUUGAAGCUUAAAAGCAAACUGGGUGUCAGCAUAUUGUGAUGCCAGUGGGAGCAUAGACUUUUGUUGAAGUGUUAGAUCAUUUUAAGACCUUGAACGUAGAAUGAAGCCUGUCCAGUAGACUUGCAAUAUUUGCCAGGAUAUUUGCCUUGCAACCCAUUUAGCCUGCAUGAAAAAUAACACAUCUGGCCAGUUGGAUGGUCUUUAACUGCCCUUCGUGUCUACACUAGAUGUAUAUUAUAGUGGCUGAGAUAUUAGAGCUCACAGAAACUGUAUUAAAGAAAAAGAAAGAAAGUCAUGAAAAUGUGGGUAUAUCAACAUUCCUAUUUAUAUUAGUCAAUGAAAAACUGAAGGAAACACUUAGGAAUGGACAAAUGCAGGGUUUACUCAGAAGAUAGUUCAAGUUAAUUAAUGGAUCUGACUAACUGUUCCUGGUCAAACUGCAGAUGAAAGAAUAUGUUUCUAGAUCGCAGAAUCACAUGAAUAAGAUGAGCUCUGUGACUCUACCAGAGCACCACCUGCUGACAAUCAGUUCAUCAAGCAGUGAUUGGGUGCAGGCUGCAAUAAAUACCAACUCACUGCUGUACAUAAGCAGGGCUCUUGUGGAGUUUGGCUGAAGAGGCAGAGAAAUGGCUUGUGGACUUGGUUUGGGGGUUUUGCUGAUUUGCUUAGUUCAAGCAGAGCUUGGUUGUUGUACCUGGGCUGACAAAGUAAUGACACCCCAACACAUAUGCUGGCUUUCCACUACCAGAUGGUAGACUAAGAAACUUCAACAGUUUUCUCCAGAACCAACUCAGACAAGGCUCCAUUUCUCCACGCUCAAGCCAAACCAGCAGCUCCAACACUUCACCUGGUCAGAGACUCUCUACCGGUAGCUUCUUGCAAGUUGUCUCACAACCAGUUCAAAAUUCAGGGAGACUUAUCUGAGGAGGAAGACAACAAGCCCUAUCAGAGGGGAUGAGCUCUGUGACUCAACCACAGCACCAACUGCAGAUAAUCAGUUCAUACAGCAGUGAUUGGCUACACGCUGCAAUAAAUACCAACUCCCUGCAGUACACCUGCAGAGCAAGUAGUUUCAGAGGAGCUGGACUGUUUUUGCUUUGUUCUGACUGAAGACGCAUAGAAAUGACUCGUGGAUUUGGUUUCGGGGUCUUGCUGAUUUGCUUGGUCCAAGCAGAGCUAGUUUGUUGUUCCCGGGCUAAGAAUGCAGUGAGACCCCCAAAAAGCAACAAACAUGCUGGCUUCCCGCUACGAGAUAGCAGACUAGUGAAAUUCAGUAGCAAUCUCCAGAACCAUCUCAAACGUGGGUUUUCUCCACGCUCAGUCCAGACCAGCCGCUUCAUUGCUGACCCUGCACUGAUCCAGAUGGGCUUCACUGACAUGGGCAGGAAAGAAACUUUUCCAGCUCAGCAGGUUACAGGGAGAAGUCUAAGGGAAAGCUUCUUCAGGCCAGCUUAUCAGUCUGCAGCACAGGAACCUUCCUCCUACAGGCGAAUGAGCUCAUCAGCCACCUUGUUUGGUCCCGUUGCCGCAGUUGCUUCCGGCCCACGUAGUUCUGUUCAGAUGCAAACGUAUGCUCAGGCUCCUGCAAGAAAGAUUGUACCUGGCCGUACAUCUGGAGGUGCCAAGGCAAGGAGUUUCUCACCUCAGACUGCAGCUGGGACGUCUAAUCUUAGCCCAGAGUUUGCUUUGAAUGUUGGCGGCUACAGGCCAAGGAGUCAGCUGCUGCUCAGUCGCCUGGCUGUCUCCAGGAGCAGCAGAGUGGGAGAGUCUGCUCCAGGCUAUGCUCCAGUAAUGAUCCAUGAGAUCCCAGAACCCUUUGGUGGCUCUGCUAUCAGACGACUGAAGCGCCCUACGGAGCAGGAGAAGGUGCCUUUCCAGAAGCCUCAGCAGAUCUCUACACAUCCUUGGUGGGUAGCACCUUACAACCCUUACCAAACAAGCAUUCAUCCAGGAUCCGACUGGACCAGGAUAAAGCAGAACCAAAGGCCUGUCCAGAAGCCACAGCAGGUUGCCACACCACCUCCUUGGAGGGUACCGGCCUACAAUCCCGACCUCCCCAGUAUUCAUCCAGUGUCCACAUGGACUAAGGUUAAGCUGUCUUCCAGACUCUAGCACUAGUGUCUUUAAUUUUACUAAUAGUUUCUAGAAAUAAAAUUCUUUUUU